GUUUGCGCCACGGAUUUUGUACCAACACCGAGUGAAAUACUAUCGGUGAAAAGCGAAGCAUAAAGUGUUCUUCUCUACAUCGACAUUAUUGUCAUGAACGAGUUAAAAGCAAUUAUUCGCUCGCUGGCCAUUUCUAGUGCCAGCGGAAUGUCUUUGUCGCAACUGGAUCACGACUUCAAAAGUCUCGAAGGAUACAGCAUUCCGUACCAGAAACAUGGCUUUAAAUCUCUUUUUGCUAUGCUACGUACACUGACCGAUGUCGUACAAGUGAACGGAGAUGACCAGAAAAGCACCAUUCAUCCAGUUACCACCGAAAAAAAUCAACACAUACGCUCGUUGGUAGAAAAAAGUAAGAAAAGCAAGAAACGUAAGGUAACUUCGUGCAAUCAACAGAGUUCUACAACGCACUUGCCCAAAAGCAAAUGUUAUAAUGCGACUAAAAGUUAUGAAAGCAAGCCAGUUGCGAUAAAAAGUUAUACAAGCAAAUCUUCUAGUGCAAUACAAAGUAAUUGCAGCAAAACAGCAAAUGCGAAACUCCAACGAAAUAACAACAGUAGUACAAACCAGUACAGAAAAGCGAAUCGCGAAAACUCAGUGUACAGCACGUCAACUGCACAACAGAAUGGCCAAUAUAAUUGGAAUGAAUUGUUGUACAACAGAUCAUUGAAUAAUCUUUACCAUCAAACAGCAAACACGUCGUAUUGUAAUAAUCAACAGUACUACCAAAAUAAUAUGCACCAGUCUAGCCAGCAGUACUACCAAAAUAAUAUGCACCAGUCUUGCCAGCAGUACUACCAAAAUAAUAUGCAACAGUCUAACCACCAGCAGUACUAUCAAAAUUAUGCGCAACAGUGCAACCCACAGUAUAACCAAAAUUAUGCGCAACGAUGCAACCCACAGUAUAACCAAAAUUAUGCGCAACAAUGCUACCAACAGUAUAACCAAAAUUAUGAGCCCCAGUGUAACCAACAGUACUACCAAAACAAUGCUCAGCAGAAUCAACAGUACUACCACAAUUAUGUGCAGCAGUGCAACCAACAAUACUACCCAAAUAAUAUGCAGGAGUACAACAAACAGCGCAAGCGAAAUGUGAAGCAACAGUCGUCCACUGCAAGGAACAGUCGUCACAACCAAGCGAUUCCCCAAAAUUACAACAUGAAUAACUAUUCCGGUUAUGUUAUGCUGCAGGAGGAGGAUAUCCAAAUCAAUGGAACUACGGCAUGGGAAACUCCAUGA